AUGGAGGUGCCAUUGCUGCCGGAGGCGAAUGGAAGUCGAGAAUCUCCGGCAAGGUACCGCCGGUUUUUAUCCGAGGCCAAAAAAGUGAGCCACAUCGCAUUGCCAAUGGUAGUGGUAAAUAUUUCCGAGUACUUUCUUUCCAUCUCCCCGCUCUUUAUGAUCGGCCAUCUCAACCACCUCGAUCUUUCUAGUGUAUCCCUCGGCGUUUCCAUCGCCAAUGUGACCGGCUAUAGCAUAAUUUUCGGCAUGGCGAGUGCAUUAGAAACUCUAUGUGCGCGUGCUCAUGGAACCGGAGAAUAUGAAAAAGUCGGGACUUACACAUUGAAUAGUAUUGUAUGCCUAUUUAUGGUGUCUAUACCCAUUUCGAUUUUAUGGAUAUAUAUGGAGAGGAUACUUAUAUUUAUCGGCCAAGAUGUUCUAAUUUCUGUCGAGGCCGGGAAGUACACUACGUGGUUGAUUCCGUCGCUUUUCCCAUAUGCGAUAUAUCAAUCAUUGUACGGUAACCACUUUGUUAUUCCAUUUGCCGAUUUGUUGGAUGUUAAUAUUCCCGUUGGAGAUGGGGAAUUUGGGCGCGGCGCUUUCUAUUAA